AGAUUUUUUCUUGUAGAAAAAUUAGUAUGUAUCGACUCAACGUAUUUUUUUUUCUUCAUUCUAAUUAGUUUUGACAUUGACGGAUUUAGAUAACAGAAUAUCAACACGUGUUUUAUCAGUAUAAAUAUAAUUUAAUGAUUUUUAUAGAGUAUUAUAUGCUUAAAAUUAAUCUCAAUAAUGCUGUUAGCUGCAAUAUUAAUAAAUGUUUUUUUGCAUAGUGUUGGUGAUGAUAAAUAGUUAAUAAAAACUCAUUUUAAAAAACGCAACGUUGAAUUCACCGAUGUACCUGAUGCGAGAGUCUCAUAUUAGAUGUAGUUAACAUAAUUAUUUAUUUAGUUGUUACGUUAAGUUUAAAAAUUUUUUUUUGUUUUUUCUUGAACGCAUAAAUUUACAAAAAUGCGAAAAAUGUGGUGGUAUCUCGAUUUUCUCAUAUUUAUUACGCUUAUUUUAAUUGUGAUUUACGCCUGGACACCGCUAUUAUACGAUAACACUAAAAGAACUUAUCAGGUAGUUCAAAAAAGAUGGCAUUACUCACCAGGAGAUUAUAAAAAAGUGAAGACUAUUCUUUACUGGAAUACUAUGUACGCAGAAAAACAUAAAGACUUUAUGUUUGGUGAAGGAGAUGUCUUUAAAAAUUGUCCAGUACCUCAUUGCUAUGCGACAUCUGACAGAAAGUUAUUCAAUUUUAUAAUUGAUUAUGAUGCCAUACUAUUUCAUGGAAUCGAAAUGAAGCUAAAUGAUCUCCCGAUUUAUAGAUCGACUUAUCAGCGUUACAUAUAUUUUUCAUGGGAAUCGCCAGUUUCUAGGCCGUUAAAUGAUUUUGAAUUCGUUUUAAACCCAAAUUUUUACAACUGGACAAUGUCAUAUCGAUUGGAUUCCGAUAUAAGAAGGCCUUAUGGUCAAAUUAGGGAAAUUGAAAGUGAUACAAUAAUUGCACCGCCACUCGAUCCCGAUGGUAUUGUUAAAUGGCGAUCGUACGAUGACAAAUACAUUCCAACUGAUAAAGAAAUGGCUAUUAUUAAAGGUAAAAAAAAAAUGGCUGCUUGGUUUGUCUCACAUUGUGAAACUAAUUCUCAAAGAGAAAUAUUGGUUACCAAUCUUCAGCAGUACUUUCAGAUUGAUGUUUACGGCAAAUGUGGUGAUAAACAAUGUAAUAAGACAACGAACCAUGAUUGUUAUAAUCUUGUUGAGCGAGAUUAUUAUUUUUACUUAUCAUUUGAAAAUACUCUUUGUAAAUAUUAUAUAACUGAAAAAUUGUUUUUACCGAUGAAAAAACACGUUAUUCCGAUUGUUUACGGCGGUGCUGAUUAUUCACAAUUUGUUCCACCACAUUCCUACAUCGACGUGAGAAAUUUCAAUGAUACUCGACACUUGGCUAAAUUUUUAUUAAAAUUAUCAGCGAAUCCAGCUGCGUAUGCUAAAUAUUUUUGGUGGAAAAAAUAUUAUUCUAUCGAAGAUACUAAUGAAUCAACGCUUUGUGAUCUCUGCAAAAAACUUCAUGAUACAUCAUUGCCACGAAAAAGUAUUGACAAUUUCAAAAAGUAUUACUUAAAAAAUCAGUGCGUUUAUACAAAACUAGUUAACGUAACUGAUGAAUAAAAAAAAAUAUAAUUCACUAUAUUUUUAUCAAAGACUUGCGAAUCUCAAAUUUUGAAGUAUUUAUACAA